AUGGAAUGUGUAUUUAUUGUUAAUUCAGCUGUUCAUAUAAAAGUUUUUCCAAUUUUGAUUCAUAUCAACAACAGUAUUAUUGCUGCUGUUGUAGGCAGUUAUUGCAGUGACUCCAGUAUUACGGCUGCUGCUGUAGGCAGUUAUUGUAGUGGCUACAGUAUUACUGCUGCAGCUGUAAGCAGUUAUUGCAGUAACUGCAGUAUUGCUGCUGCUGCUGUAGGCAGCUAUUGCAUUGACUCCAGUAUUGCUGCUGCUGCUGUAGGCAGUUAUUGCAGUGACUGCAGUAUUGCUGCUGUAGGCAGUUAUUGCAGUGACUGCAGUAUUGCAGCUGCUGCUGCUGCUGUAGGCAGUUAUUGCAGUGACUGCAGUAUUACUGCUGCUGCUGUAGGCAGUUAUUGCUGUGCUGCUGUGAGCAGUUAUUGCAGUAACUGCAGUAUUGCUGCUGCUGCUGCUGCUGCUGUAGGCAGUUAUUGCAGUGACUGCAGUAUUGCUGCUGCUACUGCUGUGGGCAGUUAUUGCAGUAACUGCAGUAUUGCUGCUGCUGCUGCUGUAGGCAGUUAUUGCAGUGACUGCAGUAUUGCUGCUGCUGUAGGCAGUUAUUGCAGCGACUGCAGUAUUGCUGCAGCUGCUGCUGUAGGCAGUUAUUGCAGUGACUGCAGUAUUGCUGCUACUGCUGUAGGCAGUUACAACAGUAGUUAG